GGGAUCAGCUGGGAUGAAGAGCAGUGGGGCAGCACAGAUCAGUCAGUGAGCAGAAGCGAUCGGACUACAGUGAGGCACACAGUUGAUGAGCUCUUAGGGGCCAGCACAUUUCUCUGACUGUUGGGGACCCCGCCAUUCAACAGCCAGGAUGGCUCGGGAUAUGUCAGAUAAGGAAAUCUUGAAAAUGGAGCUAGACCAGUUGAAGAAGGAAGUUAGCACACCUAGGACACCAGUGAAUGCAAACUGUACAGACACAAUUGCUUUUGUGGAGGGACUGGCCCCGAAUGAUCCGCUGAUUAAGGGUGUUCCCGAUGACAAGAACCCUUACAAGGGAGACAAGGGCGGCUGCAUAAUAACAUAGCACAUAGAAAUCCAAGGAAAAGUCACACAGUUUUUUAUGAGAGUUGGUUGCAUUGCUGUGAUAUUCCUGUAGCCUUUGUGGAUAAAAUGUACAGCAGAAAGAAAACUGAAAUCUGUAAUGGAUAAUUCCAUCACUGGAUUUCUGUAUGCACCUGUGGAUAUUCUUUGUCAAUUUAUAAUUAAAUCCAAAUAGCUGUGCAAAGCUUCAACCUGA